AAAAUGAUUCUCAGCCGGUCAAAACCAGCGAGCGAGAGUCGUUCUGGUAGCAGCUCCUCCAAGAGGAACUUCCCGGAGCUAGAAGAUUACCUGCUGAAACGGGACUAUGUCGGGGCACUCACUAUGUUGGAAUUCCUCGCGGCCGACGGCUCCGCCGACGUGUGGGUAAGGGUGUGGACAGCGUGGUGUUGGUUUCACCUGGCCGAAUACCGUCGCGCCUUGGAUGUCUACCUGGAGGUGAAGGCCAGGGAAACCCUGGACUCCAGGAUCGGCGACACCAUUGAUCUGGAUUUGGCCGUUUGCUACUUUUACUUAGGAAUGUACGCGGAGUCCCAGGAAGCAGUAGAAAAUGCACCUAAAUGUCCACUUAAGCACCGUCUCCAGUUCCACCUCGCGCACAAGCUGGGCGACGAGGAGGUGCUGAUGGCGGCGCACGCGGCGCUGCGCGACGUGCCCGAAGACCAGCUCAGCCUGGCCGCCGUCCACUACCUGCGCGGACACUACCAAGAGGCGAUCGACGUGUAUAAGAAGCUGCUGCUAGAUCGACGAUACAACAAGAAAUAUGAAAAUGAUAAUACGAUAAACUGGAUCAGAUUCGUAACUAAUGCUCCUAGCACCUAUAUGGCGCUGAACGUGUACGUGGCGCUGUGCUACUACAAGCUGGACUACUACGACGUGUCGCAGGAGGUGGUGGGCGUCUACCUCGCCCACCAUCCCACCUCCACCGUGGCGGGGAACCUCAAGGCCUGCAACUUGUUCAAAUUAUACAAUGGAAAGUCAGCAGAAAACGAACUCAAGCAGAUAUCAUCCGACCAGCACACGUUUGGGCAGGACUUGGUCAAACACAACCUGGUUGUGUUCAAAAACGGCGAGGGUGCUCUGAAGGUGUUGCCGGGCCUGAUCGACGUGGUGCCGGAGGCGCGGCUAAACCUCGCGGGCUACAAGCUGCGCCGCCGCGAGCCGCUGGAGGCGCGCGCGCUGCUGGAGCCGCUGCCGCCGACGUCGCCGCUGCACUACAUCCUGCGCGCCGUCGUUGCCGUACGCCUCUACAACGAUACCGGCGACGAGGAGCAGAUGAAGACGGCGAUGCAGAGUUUCCACGUGGUGGGCAGCUCGGCGGCAGAGUGCGACACCAUCCCCGGCCGCCAGUGCAUGGCCUCCUCCUACUUCCUGGCCUCGCAGUUCGACGAGGUGCUCGUCUACCUCAACUCCAUCAAGAGUUUCUUCAUCAAUGAUGACACGUUCAACUUUAAUUACGCCCAGGCCAAGGUGGCGACGGGGCUGUACCGCGAAGCGGAGGAGAGCCUGCUGGGCGUGCGGGACGAGGCCAUCACCGGCUCGUUCACCUACCUCGCCUGCCUCUGCCGCUGCCACGUCAUGAACAGGGAGGCCCACCUCGCCUGGGAGAUAUGCGUUAAGUCGGCAGGUACUCCGGACAACUUCGCGCUGCUGCAGCUGGUGGCCAACGACAGCUACCGCAUGGGACAGUUUCUGGUGGCUGCCAAAGCAUUCCACAUGCUAGACAGGUUGGACGGUGGUCCCGAAAUGUGGGAGGGCCUACGCGGCGCGGUGUGCGGCUGCGCGCAGGCGGCGGCGGCGGAGCGGGCGCGUGCAGGGGCGGAUCAGCAGAGGGGCCCCGCAGCGGCGGAGCUGCGGGAGGCCCUGGCACUACUGCGGGGCCCCCGCCCCCACGCCCGUGCAGACCACAUCACGCGCCCCAUACUCAAGUGGGCGCAGCAGAACAGAAUACCGAUAUAAGAAAUAUGCGAAGGCGCUGCGAACUCAACACACACCUGAGCCUGACCAAGUCUUACAGGUUUCGUUCUCAUAUAUGAAAUAAGAAGAAAGUAUUGCCCACAGUACUGCCUAAUGGGGACACAAAUCCGAAACUUAAAAUUGAUUCUAUAAAUAAACGGUAGAGGAA